CACUUCUUUAUGGAUGGAGUGGUUCUUACUCGGGUAGGCCUAAACACAAUACGCCGAGCGAUGUUGAAAGACCAGUCAAAACGACCACCAGUGGUUCCUCGACAGAAGAGCUCCCAGACCUCAUCAACUCCCACGCCAGGCGCCCACUCGGCUGUGGACACUGCUCCGCCAUCGGUGUAUACUCCUGUAAGCUCGUCCUGA